AUGGACGACGAGUGGCGCUGUGGCAGCGUCAGAAUGUGCAAGGCAGGAGCGAUUUUGUUACAGAGAUGCGGGUGGGGUCUUGCGAUGGGCAGCGCUGUCAUGCACGAGCUGUGCUGGCCAAUCGCAUGUUCACGGUCGCAUCCAUGCGAUGUUCAGUUGUCUGGAGUCAAGAGCAUGCAGGCUGCAGCGGAGACAGGUGCCGCAAGUGUGUGGUGCGUCGCUGUGUUCACCAAACGUGUGGCACCAUUGGGCGCUGGGCAUUGGCAUCUCUUGAAACGUGUGGCAGUGAGGGUUGCGUUGCAUGCUGAUUUGAGGGCAGGCAGAGCAUGGGACACGGUUUCUUCAAGCAGUGCUGUCGUGGCCAAGAGCACACACGGGCACCUAAUUUGUGCUGCAGGCCCUUGCUGCGAUCGUUGUCCCAUUAGCAGGUAUUGUGCCCUGGAACCCAAAACCGAAAUGCUAAGAAGGGCCUGCAGCGGUUUGGUAUUUAUGUCUUACACAGCCCAGUCGGGAUUUGGCUGCAUGCAUGCCAGCGUCAUCGCUGAAAAGGCAAUGCAGGUCCUUUCCGGUGUCUCUGUGAUGGUGGCCUGUCACGGAACAGCCCUUGCAGUGCGAAAGCCAACGAAGCUGAGUGCCGCAUCACUUGGAUUUGGCGUCCUUACCUACACAUGGAGUUUUUGGGUCAAGAAUCCCAUUCAGAUAUUGCGCUGA